GUGCGCGUGCGCAUCAUAUAAAUAAACCCCACCGAUGCUCGCGCUCCACCGAUUGACUCAGGUGAGGACCGCGCUCCACUGACAAACGCAGUAGCCUAAAUUCCGGAGAAUUCGUGGAAUCUGACAGCAGCACUGAGAUUAACGUGAAUUUCCCUCAAUGAAGCUGCACGUGCUGCUCAUGGCGGUGUCUCUUGGUGUGUUCCUCUCGCGCUCUGGUGAGUCCGCUCCAGGACACACGGACACGCAGCUGCCGGUUCUGACGCACUUAGGAGAGGAGUACUUCAUCAGACUGGACAACGACCAGAGAUCACCGCCGCACACCGAGGCACUUCAGCUUCAGCUCACGCAGCGGUUGUUAGGAGGUCAGGUCGGUAAUAAAAUCAUGCACAGUCUCGAAGCGCGCGAGCGCCGUUCCGAAGAACCUCCCAUUUCACUGGAUCUGACUUUCCACCUGUUGCGCGAGGUGCUGCAGAUGGCACGAGCCGAACAACAGGCACAGCGGGUGAGCAAAAAUCGCAAGAUGAUGGACUUCUUCGGGAAAUAAAACAUAUGAGUUACAUCGAAAGUGUUUUUUAUUUGCAUUUCUAUUGUUGCAAAAGACAUGUUUUGA